CGUGUGGUGACUGAGUGUGUGUGUGUGGUGAGUGAGGAUAUAUAAACAGAUGAAGUGACCGUGACAGUUGGUUAGAGCGAUGGCGUGGAUUCAGCUUCUGUUCUUCUCUCUUCUUCUCUCCUUCACUCCUCUCACUACACUGUCUCGCAGCGUACCUGUAGAUGAGCCUGAUAAUGAUUCUGAGAGUACAUUUAGAACUAUUUGUGAGGGUAUGCAAACCGAACUGAGCAGCUGCAACCAAAGACUGAUGGAUAAAAUUGAGUAUAGCUUUAACAUCGAGAAGGAGCUGUCUGGUCUUAAGGAACAGAUUAUGCUGAUCAAAGCCUUGCAUUUAAACACCUCUCAGGCAUUCUUACUUCAGAUUGCAGACCUGUUGUCAGAUCUGAGAGAAAGAGGAGCUAAUUUGGAGGCAGUGUAUGAAAACCUGAUCAAGUGUCAAACAACAAACAACAGCAACGAGCUUGAAGAUCAGCUGAAGCAAAAGGAGAAGGAACUUUCAGACCUGAGAGACAGUAAUGCAGACCUGUUGUCAGAUCUGAGAGAAAGAGGAGCUAAUUUGGAGGCAGUGUAUGAAAACCUGAUCAAGUGUCAAACAACAAACAACAGCAACGAGCUUGUAGAUCAGCUGAAGCAAAAGGAGAAGGAACUUUCAGACCUGAGAGACAGUAAUGCAAAGCUUGAAGAUCAGCUGAAGAAGGACAUUUCAGAUAUGACACACAACAACAGAGAGCUUGAAGAUCAGCUGAAGCAAAAGGAGAAGGAACUUUCAGACCUGAGAGACAGUAAUGCAGGGGUGAAAGAGGAGAAUGAACGUCUACGUGAUCAUCUGGCGACACUGAAUGAGACACUCAAGGCAAAAGAGAAGCUUGAAGAUCAGCUGAAGCAAAAGGAGAAGGAACUUUCAGAUCUGAAUGAGAAGAAUGCUGACCUGUUGUCAGAGCUUAGAGAAAGAGGAGCUAAUUUGGAGGCAGUGUAUGAAAACCUGAUCAAGUGUCAAACAACAAACAACAGCAACGAGCUUGAAGAUCAGCUGAAGCAAAAGGAGAAGGAACUUUCAGACCUGAGACACAGUAAUGCAGAGCUUGAAGAUCAGCUGAAGCAAAAGGAGAAGGAACUUUCAGACCUGAGAGACAGUAAUGCAAAGCUUGAAGAUCAGCUGAAGAAGGACAUUUCAGAUAUGACACACAACAACAGAGAGCUUGAAGAUCAGCUGAAGCAAAAGGAGAAGGAACUUUCAGACCUGAGAGACAGUAAUGCAGAGCUUGAAGAUCAGCUGAAGCAAAAGGAGAAGGAACUUUCAGACCUGAGACACAGUAAUGCAGAGCUUGAAGAUCAGCUGAAGCAAAAGGAGAAGGAACUUUCAGACCUGAGAGACAGUAAUGCAGAGCUUGAAGAUCAGCUGAAGAAGGACAUUUCAGAUAUGACUCACAACAACAGAGAGCUUGAAGAUCAGCUGAAGCAAAAGGAGAAGGAACUUUCAGACCUGAGAGACAGUAAUGCAGGGGUGAAAGAGGAGAAUGAACGUCUGCGUGAUCAUCUGGCGACACUGAAUGAGACACUCAAGGCAAAAGAGAAGCUUGAAGAUCAGCUGAAGCAAAAGGAGAAGGAACUUUCAGACCUGAAUGAGAAGAAUGCUAAUGUGAUUGAGCGUCUGCGUGGAGAUGUGAGGAGACUGAACAACCGAGUCAAAGCCCUGCAGAUAAGUGAUGAUCAGCUGAAGCAAAAAGAGAAGGAAAUUUCAGACCUGAAGAAAGUGAACACCAAGCUGCUUGAUGAGAAGAAGAAUCUGCAAGUAGAUGUGACCAACCUAAAGAAUCAAUUAGAGGAGAUAAAAAAAGAGUCAGACACAGUCUCACCUCCAUCAGUCUCCACCAGGUCUCUACAGUAUGACUCCGACACAGCUCACAAGAAUCUCCUGAUCUCUUAUGACCAACGGUCAGUGCGGGGUGUUAAGUACUCCAUUGAGCGACCCAACUACCCGAGUCGCUAUGACACGGUGAUUGCUGCCCUCACAAAAACAGGCUUCAACAGUGGCCGAGCGUACUGGGAGGUACAGGUGAAAGAGCGCUUGUGCUACACUGUGGGUGUAGCAGCUGAAACUGCACCCAGAAAAGGAAAUAUCAGGUACAGUCCCAGUAACAGCUACUGGGUCAUACAGAAGGAGAACAAUCAGCACUACAUGCUAACGGAACAACCUUUGCUGCUCCACCUGACGGACAAACUCAACGUCAUCGGGGUCCUCAUCGACUUCGACACCGGGGAGGUGGCCUUCUACAACUCUCAAACCAGAACAGUCCUCGGUAUCUUCAGGGGGAACAACUUCACUCAGAAGCUCUACCCCUUUGUGGCUACGUGUGGCCGAGAGGGUCCAGAGGACUGGCCCAUGGAGCUGCUGGAUACUGGCUUCCCAACAUGGCUUCCUAACUAACACAAAACAAAACAUAUACACACACACAAAACAUUCACCACUAUAUAAAGCUUUAAAAAGAAUUAUACCUUUGUAACGUUUGCAUUGAUUUCUGAAAUAAAAACAAACUGUCUUGCU